AUGUCGACCAACCUUACCGCCAGCAGCGUCUACUCAUUUCCUGACGUUGACGAAUUUGAAAGCACGUCCCAGACUUCGUCAAACUCCACCGUGGCCGACGUCAUAUCCCCGGCCAACGCAGGUGCGUACCUGGCCGCCUCGGGCAUAUCGUAUACUGAAGAUGGCGAUAUCACGGUGGAUGCCCAUCUCAGAGGAGUCGAUUUCUCCGACGGGUCAAAUUCUGUUCAAGAACAUGCUGCUGCCCCACCAGCACCCACCUGGAGAUUCGUCGGCAGCGACGAAAUAGAAUGUCAAUCCAAUGUAUCAGACGGCAGUACCAUUUCCUGGGAAGAAGGGGAACACUCUGAGACGGAUGAUGGGUCCGUUGACUCGAACCCCUCCGACGAAGGGUCUACUGGUAGUACCGAAACCGAGAGCACCCGCGCACUAAGCAGCUACACAGCCGCCGCGCGAUAUCUCUGCCUCAUCGUCGUUACCGACAUGAAGCCCGAGCCCCGGAGCAACCCAGCCGCGCCUCGAAAGCAGUACGUCAUGUCCCUCGAAGUCAAGCAGGACAGACCCUUCACCAGACACCACAUCCGACUGCCGCACGCUUCUAUUGUCAUCCAUAUGCACUGGGACCAUGUUGAAUGGGAGCCACAGUACCAGAUCCGUCAAUUGUGGCAAGUGCCGGGUCACAUGCAUGGGGUAUCGUGUCUCCACCACGACCGUGUCGACGACAUGCCUUGUAUGGGUCGUCGAUUUGCUCGCGGAUGGCCGAGGUUGAGGUUGAGGUCGCCAGUGCACCAAUGGGACCGUGGGAUCUUGCGGCCUCUGGACGAGGGGAGUGAUGAUGAGGUUCCUCUGGAAUGA